ACGUCACUGACGAGUCACGUGUCUUUGGUGGGGAAAAAUAACAGAUAAAAAAAAUAAAAAAGCUUGUGUUCGCCGUCAGCAGCAGCAGCUUGUUUUGCGUUCUUUCUCUCUCUUCGCUCAAGCAAGAGGCUCCAAAGUGUUCACGACCUUCUUCGUCAAGUUUAACGUUAACCGUCGUCCGCAAGCCGCAAGAUGCCGUCCGACAGAGCCUUCAAGCAAAGGAGGACUUUCGCUGAACGCUGCAAAGAAGUCCAGCAGAUCCGAGAACAACAUCCCAACAAGAUCCCUGUGAUCAUGGAGCGUUACAAGGGUGAGAAACAACUUCCUGUUCUGGACAAGACCAAGUUCCUGGUCCCUGACCAUGUCAACAUGAGCGAGCUGGUCAAGAUCAUCAGGCGCCGUCUUCAACUGAACCCCACCCAGGCCUUCUUUCUGCUGGUCAACCAGCACAGUUUGGUUUCCGUGGCGACGUCCAUCUCAGAGAUUUACGAGCAGGAGCGCGACGAGGACGGCUUCCUGUACCUGAUGUACGCCUCGCAGGAGACCUUCGGCCGCGCACGCUCACCAAUUCUUUAAAUUUCUUUGAACAAUCUUUUAUUUUGAAGGGUUGGAAGAAGCAUCUGGCACAGUCAGGCAAAAUGUUAAAGUUGAAUAUUAGCAGCAGCUAGCCGGUGUUUGGUAACGUCAGUCUACUUUUGUUUCCCGAUAUCAAUAAAAGUAGAUGUAGGCUAUUAUAAUGGUAUUCUAUUUUUGGUAAACAAUUUUUGCACAGUCACAGCAGCAGUUGGAAAUCUGUGAUCCAUCAAUGUUGGCGUGCAUGCUAACAGGCACGCGCAAUCUUGACUAAAUUUACAAUCGGGCUCACGAGGCCACACGUGUGAGAUGCAUUAGCAUUACGACAACACGUAGACAAGGUGUUUUUCCCCCGUCAAUCAAAGAGCACGGCCAGAGAAAUGUUAAGCUAAACCGUAGAGCCCCUUUAUCCUCUGUUUAACGUUGUCAAUUGAAGUAAAUGCCAAGUUGGAGCAUCUUUUCUCUUGAAGUUGACUUGCCAGUGUGUUAAUGCAAACAGGAAAUGGUGAGGCGUGUCACUUCCUGUAAGACAAACAAGCAUCUUUUGCACUGCAAACAUAAAACGUCAUUAUUCCUGGUAGGAACACUACAAACUUCGCACAGUUUUUUUAUUUUUAUUUUAUUUUACUAUUGAAAUUGAGAAAUCUACAAACCAAAAUGUGAAAUGUGUGUGUUGUAAUGAUGUGAAGUUGUACUUAAAUGUAAAUAAAUGUCAACUUGAAAAGCUAA